UUUCUUUGUCUCUCUUUCUUUUCUUUCUUCUCCACGAACCAAAUUAAAACAUCAUAAGAAGAUCAAAACACAUGGAUUGGGUUCGAGGAAACCCUGUUGGUAGAGGGAGCUUUGGCACAGUGAAUUUAGCACUACCUGGUAAAAACUCAACUCAAUUUCCAGCUGCUACGGUUGUGAAGUCCUCACAGGUUCUUAACUCGUUUUCGAUAAGGAACGAGAAACAAGUGCUCGAUCGCCUAGGUUCUUGCUCGAGAAUCAUUCGGUGCUUCGGCGAUGACUACACAUUCGAAGAUGGCGACGAGUACUACAAUUUGUUCCUCGAGUACGCCGCCGGCGGCACGCUCGCCGAUCAGAUCAAUUUUCACGGUGGACGGAUCCCGGAGCCACUCGUUCGGCGUUACACGAGGUCCAUCGUCGAGGGUCUAACGCAUAUUCACCAAAACGGGUUUGUUCACUGCGACAUAAAGCUCCCAAACAUCCUCGUAUUCGACGAUGGAGAAAUCAAAAUCGCAGACUUCGGUCUUGCGAAGGAGGCAGGGGAGAAACAGAGUGAAGGGUUCGAGUGCAGGGGAACUCCGCUUUUUAUGUCGCCGGAAUCGGUGAACGACGGCGAGCACGAGUCGCCGGCGGAUAUAUGGGCUCUUGGGUGCGCGAUGGUUGAGAUGGUGACAGGAAAACCUGCGUGGAAUAUGCAGAAGGGUUCAAGUAUGUGUUCCUUGUUGUUUCGAAUUGGGAUGGGAGAAGAAUUGCCAGAGAUACCCGAAGAGUUAUCACAAGAGGGUAAGGAUUUUCUGGGCAAGUGUUUUGUGAAGGAUCCAAGUAAGAGAUGGACGGCUGAGAUGCUUUUGAAACAUCCCUUUGUUGCUGAUGAUGAUGAUACUGUUUCAUUGAAGCAUUUCAAUGAGUCACCAAGAACCAAUUUUGAUUUCCCAGAUUGGGUUUCUAUUGUGGCGGCUUCAGUUCCAAGUUCACCGGAAUCUGAAGAGGCUCCUCAAUGGGAAUUUGAUUCGUCGCGUUUGUCAAUUUUUUGUUCGCCUUUGGACCGGAUCCGACAGCUCGUGACGGUUCAGGGACCGGAAAAUUGGUCGGAAGCAGAUAGUUGGAUUAGUGUUAGGUGAAAUUGGAAUUUUCCAGGCAAAGGAACUUGAAGAUUGUUCAUUGCAAUCAAUGAUUUCUGGUUCAAUUUUUUGGUUUAAUUACAUUCGUUUAUUCUGAUUUUUAGGUUGUAAAUUGGGUUUAGGAUAUACGUACAUUCAUGAUUUGUGAUCUGAUUUGAUGGAAGAGUUUUAACUGGCGCUGCUUGUGGCCAACUGUAUAGAGAGGCUGAUAUUUUGAAUUUUCUUUGUCUAAAUUGUUUCUCGGGUAAAUGAGUUUUAAAAGUUGGGUUUUUUUUGGCUCCAACGCUUUGACAAUUUUGUUUCCAUAGGGUAAAAGUGAUUUUUUUUUUUUUUUUUUUUUUGU